CAAAGCAAGGAAACAGCAGGGGAGAGAGAGAGAGCGAGAGUUUCUCCGACUUGCAGUCCUUUAUUUUGCUGCACUGUUCUUUUUUUUAUUUUAGGAAGAGAAAAAAUUGUAGGAAGAAAAGGAUAGAGAAACCCAAUUCUUUUUUUAUUUUUUGAAAUUCAAAGGAGAUUCUUUGUGCAUUUUCGUUCUCGUUGAAGCUAUGAUUUAGAUCAUUUCUGGUAUAGAAUUUCGUGUUCGAAUUCUUGUUCUUGAAGCAGAAACUGGAAGAAAAUUCACGCAAUUCAGAUCGAAGAGACAUCUGUGAUUUGGUGUUGUGGUUGGUGGCCGAAGUUAGUUCGUUCGUUCGUUCAUUCAUUCAUAAUUUAAUUUCCGUUUUUUCUUUGAAAAGAUUUAGUAAAUACUCAAUUUUGUUGAUAAAAGUGAAUGCGCCUCCGAUCUCAGGCGGCGGUGCCAUAUCUUUUAAGAAAAUUUAAAUUCCUAGCCUUAAAGACGGAUCUGAUAACAAGCGAUUUAGAACGUACAAAUAUUCAUUGAAUUACAAGAUAUCUCCGUUUGGAUGGAGCUUCCUCAACAACGUCCUUUCGGAACCGAAGCAUGUUUUCUACAGGAAGCAAACCAAAACACGACCUUCUUUCACUGUACAGGCAUUCUUCAACUGUCCAACAAGAUCCAAGACCACCUUGUCAAGGUGGCUACCUCAAAACACACGAUUUUCUUCAACCACUGGAACGAGGAGGCAAAACCACUGCCAAAGAAAUAACCAACGUUGAGGUUUUGACGGUUGAAAAACCACCGCCUCCGGCACCACCACCUGCGGUUGAGCACAUCCUCCCUGGAGGAAUUGGGACGUACAGUAUCAGCCAAAUUUCUUAUUUCAACCAAAGAGUUCCAAAGCCAGAGAACACAAUAUUUUUAGUAGCUCAAGAUAGCAGUACCGAUAAAAAUGAUGACAACUCAAAUUGCAGUUCUUACUCAGGAAGUGGAUUCACACUUUGGGAAGAAUCCGUGUUGAAAAAGGGAAAGACAGGGAAGGAGAAUGUGGGAGAAAGAUCCAAUAUUAUAAGAGGAUCAGUUUCAGUGAGCCAAGGAAAGACCAGGUCCAACGAGCGUAAUCAGCCCAAGCUUGUCUCAUUUGAUGGCUUCUCUCUCUGGAAUGAAGCGGCAUUGAAGAUGGGUGAGUGGACGACUUCAGAGAGGCCGUCACAAUCUUCAUCGAACAACCAUCGCAAUAGUUUCAACUCUAUUUCGACCUCGCAGCUAGCAGGCAGGAGGAGUACCCAGAGCUUCAUAGAAAUGAUAAAGUCAGCCAAAGGUUGUACUUUGGAUGAUGAUGUUGACGAUGAAGAGGAGUUUCUUCUUAAGAAAGAAACCCCUUCUCCUAUCCGCAAAGGUGAAUUGAGGGUGAAGGUGGACGGAAAGAGCAAUGACCAAAAACCUGACACGCCUCGGUCAAAGCAUUCUGCAACUGAGCAACGUAGGAGGAGCAAGAUAAAUGACAGAUUUCAGAUGCUGAGAGAACUCAUUCCUCGUGGUGAUCAAAAGAAAGAUAAAGCAUCUUUUCUCUUAGAGGUCAUUGAAUACAUUCAGUUUCUACAGGAGAAAGUACAGAAAUAUGAAGCAUCUUACCAAGGAUGGAACCACGAAACAACAAAACUGGUGCCAUGGAAAAAUAAUAGCAGGCCUGUGGAAAGUUCUGCUGAUCAGUCUCGAGGCUUGAAUAGUGGUGCUGGUCCUGCAUUAUUAUUUGCUGCAAAGUUAGAUGAGAGAAACAUAACCAUUUCUCCUUCCAUUAAUCCUGGAGGAGCACGGAAUCCAGUCGAAUCUGACAUGACCUCCGCUAAUGCAAUGGAUCGCCAUCCUGGUUUUACAAAUAAAUCAUUACCAUUUCCUAUCUCGCUGCAGCCGAACUUCAAUCCUGGCAGGACUGCAGGCGCAGCAGCUCAGUUUCCACCUCGACUGCCAUCUGAUGCGGAGAACUUGGCAAGCCAAACUCAACCUCAAUCAUGCCAUGCCAGGUCAUGGAGCACUGACGAGGCUGUUGCUAGUGAUAAGCUGAAAGAAAAGGAUCUGACUGUUGAAGGUGGUACAAUCAGCAUCUCUAAUGCGUACUCUCAAGGGUUGGUAAAUACUUUGACGCUAGCCUUACAGAGUUCAGGAGUAGAUUUGUCUCGGGCCAGCAUCUCAGUGCAGAUAGAGCUCGGGAAGACAGGAAAUAGUGGACAAACUGCGUCAACAUCCAUUACAAAGGAUAAUAACGUUCUCCCAAGCAAUAAAGGCACAACACGUUCAAGAGUUUCAGGCGGUGAAGAAUCUGUUCAAGAACUAAAGAAGCUCAAGACAAGCAAAGCUAGUGCAAGAGUUGCAUAAUUUCGUUCCUUUGUACUUGAUUUUUUUUCAUUGUUUUGUUAUCCUGUCCUAUCGUGGGGGUUAAUUCAUAUCUUCUCCUGGUUUACGACCUAAUUAGUUGAGCCAGAAAUGAUUGUACAUGUAGUUGCUUUUAAUUUGUUGGAAUGCACAUAUAUCCUAGCACACAAAUAUGUAACUUUUCCCGUUUGUUCAUUACUUUAUCCGUAGAGGCUUCCUUUCUAAUAUUGAGAAGCGGGCUUUUCAUCCAA